AUAUUUUGUAAAUCAAAGGGAGGUAACUGCUUGUCGCAGUGAGAGUCGAGUCGGGCGUGUACAACACUCAUCCAGUGCCCAACAUGUCGCGCAUUACACAGGACAGCUAUGGUCAGACGAGGGACGGAAGCGAGGUGACCAGGUUUACGUUGACCAACAAAAACAACGUCGUUGUCCGCAUCAUCAACUACGGCGGCACCAUCACGGAGAUCCGGGUCCCUGACAGAGAGGGGAAGGUCGCUGACAUCUGCCCGGGCUUUGAUGACAUUGAAGGUUACCAAGCAAACCCCAUCUACAUGGGCGCCCUUGUGGGCCGUGUGGCAGACCGUAUUGCCGGAGCCACCUUCGACCUGGACGGGAAGACCUACAACCUCAACGCCAAUGACCUGCAGGAGGCACCCAACUUCUUGCACGGUGGCACCAAGGGCUUUGACAAGAUGCUGUGGGAUGCGGCCAUAGACGGGGGUAAGUUAGUGUUGAAAUAUGUCAGCCCUGAUGGAGAGGAGAACUUUCCAGGGGAGGUAACCACGGUGGUGACGUAUGAGUUAGACGACGACAAUGGCUUGACUCUGGAGUAUACAGCCACAACCACCAAGACCACGCCCAUCAACCUCACCAACCAUGUGUAUUUCAACUUGGCCGGACACGGCGCAGGAGCAGCAGAGUUAGAGAACCACGUCGGCAGAGUGAAAGCUGACACAUAUGUACCCCUGAACGACCUGUAUAUACCAACAGGUGAAAUCCUAGAAGUGACUGGUCAGCCCCAUGACAUGCGGACACCAACACGUAUUGGUGACCGGCUACACAACCCCAAGCUGGGCAGAGGCUUCACCUGUAAUUACAACCUGCAGGUGACGGGGAACAAAGAGUUUGCCGCCAGAUUCGAACAUCCGGGGUCAGGCCGGUACUUCGAGUGUUGGACCACCGAACCCGCCCUUAUGUUUUACACCGGACACUGGCUCAACAACCGCGGGAAGGGAGGGGCGAUGUACGGGAGGUACUCGGCGUUCUGUCUCGAGGCCCAGCACUACCCCGACAGCGUCCACAACCCCAAGUUUCCCAACACCAUCCUCCGCCCUGGAGAGACCUACCGCCAGAGCACCACCUAUCGGUUUGGAGUCAUGACGUCAUAGAUCUGUCCGGCGUGAGACCGCCCGGAUGCAGCAGUGUUUUCAUGGUUGUGGAUGAACGACACUUUCAUUGACAUGUGAUCUGUAUCGAUAUUACGUGUGAAUGUUGCGUUCGAAUCUCAUAACAUUUUUAGACAUUUCAUUGUAAAAAUUAACGAUAUACAUUCUUUUCUGAUUAUGUUAUAAUCUGGGUAUACGUAUGAUAUUACAAGCAGUCGUUACGGUAAUAAAUAUAUUUUGGUGUA